AUGGAGCUCAAUCCAUCGGAAUAUGUUCAAGAAAAUGCGGCCGCCACCACCACCACCAGAGUCCGUUGCGCUGCCACAGCCGUCGUUGCUGUCGUGAGGCAGCCAUUUCAAAUUAUGACCACCACCCUCCUCAGCCUCCUCCUCCCCCUAUCAUUCCUCCUCCUCGCCCGCCUCGCCACCGCCCACUACCUCCUAUCCGUUUCCGAGGACUACCCCCCGCCGCCCCCGGCUUCUUUCAUCACCUCAUAUUUCAUAUACUCCAAAAACCCCACAAUCCUCCACUUAAUAGUUUCAAUCAUCAGCGUCUCAUCCCUCACCAAUGCAGUCACCGGAAAAACCACCUUCCUCAGCCGGUCUCCAGCAGAGCCCCUGACGCCAGCGCGGCUGUACGUUGCUUGGCUGUUUCUCGUGGUCCUGCAACUCUGCGUGGGGGUUGGGAUCGAAGGCAGCAUCGCCGCCAGCGUCGAGGGCUCGAAUUUCGGGCAGGAUGGCAGCUUUAUAUGCAGACUGGUCUUCUUUUUUGGGCUGCAUGAAAUAAUGCUGUUUUGGUGGCGGACGGUGGUGAAGCCGGUGGUGGACGACACGAUAUUCGGGGGGUGGAGGGCGGAGGGGCGGGUGGAGAAGGCGGUGGUAGGGCUGAGCUAUGGGGGGCUGUGGUGGUGGAGGCUGAGGGAGGAGGUGGAGGCGCUGGUGAUGGUGGCGGAGGUGAAGAGGGAGAUGAUGAUGGGGGUUGGGGUGGUGGAUUUCCUUGGCUUUUGGUUGUAUUACGUGACGGUGACGGUCGGAAUGGUUAGGAUGGUCAGAGCCUUGGUUUCGACGGUUGCGAUCUUGGUACGUAGGCGAGAGAGCCGGCCUAAUGACGAGAAGGUUUGA